AUGCUGCUUAUAGUCUCCGCGCUGGAUGUGCAGGAUGGGGAGAGGGCGGCCCAAUUUGGACCACCAUCGUCGCUCUCCUCGCAGAUCCCAGGUAACCCGGGGGAAUAUGGGAACUGCCCGCUACGAACGUCCGAAUCGGACCCCCAGGCCCCUACAGGUGCCGGUGCUAUCCCACAAGGAAACCUCAGCAAUCAUUCGAUCCCCAUUUCCAACCCUGAAGCCCGGAGUGGCAAUGCGUUGAGCUGUAAUUCUACCUCUGGUCGUUUGGCCAAUUCUAGUAUUUGGAUUAUUGUGAUGAAGCUGGUGCGGACUUACUUUAUGCCAUCUUUAGUACAGGCACGAAAGGUGCUUCAAUUCGCUUCGGGAUGCAUUGGUGCGCCUCUUUUGGGAUUCAAGGCAAACUCAUCACUGAAGAAGGAUAGCGAAGUUGAAAGCAGCACUCUCGUGCAUAAUCAAACCUCAGAAGGCCACGGUAUUCCAAAGCCUAAUGUCAGCACCGUCACGAAGGGCCGCGCUCGGCUGAAUGCUUCCACGGUCGGCAAUCGAUCCCAAGUGAAGAUGAAAAAUUCUACCAAUACCUUAAGUACGAGUACAGGUCUAUCCAAGACAAUUGACAGUUCCUCAAAUUACCAUGUCUCAACAAACUAUGACAUCCUAUACAGCCAGUCGUAUGUCUUCUUUAAAAAAAAUUCGGCACUGUUCAAUCUGCUGACAUCCUCUAAGCAAGGAAGCCAUAAUGAGAUCGACCCAAUGGUUUCUCUCUCUUCAUGCUCCCCCAGCCAUUCGAAUAUCCAAGCAACACCGCAGCCUCGCCAAAAGAACUCGAGUCGCGGCAACACGCUCAAAGUGAAGACGAUGGUGGUGAAUAAUAAUGAAAAUUCAAACUUCAUCAAUCCGACCUUAUCCGCAUCGAAUGAUAUUUUAUCCCUUCAGGCGGCGCAACAUGGUUUUCAUGUAAACAUUCUCGGUAGUCCUGUAUCCACGUUGACGAAAAAAAUAAACCCUUCUAAUAUUACCCCACCCUCUAAUUUCAAAGUGGUCAAGCACCACCUGAGUGACUUGUUGGUGCAGAAGCGCAGUUUUGUACUUCACUUUACCGAGUAUGUUGGGAAGGCCUGUUCGAAAGGAAGCUUCGCUCUGGGCGAUUCGGGGAGAGAUUAUGGCCAUUCUCAUAGUGGUGGAAAUACCAGUCAGCCAAUCCCCAUCCAGCGCACGGAACAUGCACAAAAUACAUCCACUACCAGCCGUGUGAAUUUCCAAGCACUGCAUAAUCCUGGACAUGAGGCAUCCCCUUCCAAGGGUAGGAUCCUUCCGGCUAUCGGCAAAGACGCUAAUGGUCGCCCGAAGAGUUUGGCGAAUCGUUCGCUUUCCUUUGAUCCACUGAAGAAAGAAAGCGAUGAGGAGGAAGGGGGGAACGAUAUCAUCUUUCCACUGCGUACCCGAAUGCUAAUUCUCUGCCGCCAGUAUAUCUAUCUCUACGAUGCCAUCCCGAGCACUUUUGCGAUGCUGGGGGUUGAUCCGGCCUCGAAAACGGGGCUCUCGCCGGCCUAUUUGAGCACCCCGAUCGCACUUCUCGAUGUCGUGCGCAACGCCUGGAGCGAUUUCUCCAUUGUGAGCGGGCCGACCGAUACGGAGACGGCGAUGGUGCCCGCCACGCGGCAGGUCCGCGGCGGGUCGACCGGCCCCCACAUCCCGCCAUCCCGCCCGGGGAUGAAAUCCCCUCGGGGGGAUUUAGUCCCCGACAACGAGCGCGACCCCAGCGGCGCGACCGCGACGUUGACGCUGCCGUUUUCGGGCAGCAAUAACGUCGACGUCGAGGUCGUUCGCGUGCGGAAUCUUGAGGGGGAGAACGCUUUGCUCACGCUUCCCAUCGCACCACCGCCGAUCGGGGAGGGCACCUACCUCGGGGCUGUGGCUAAUGGCGUUGGGAUGCCCCCUCAGACGGUUCGGCCGCCUCCAGGCGAGGCGAAAGCGCGGCUCCCGGGGGUGGAUUCCACCCCCUACGCAAGGCGAGGGGGGUCCUUUUCGUACCGGAAGGACGCCCCAGGCGGCGGCGAUGGGAAAAAUUUGUGGGGUAAACACAACGGCUUCACCCAUGUUUCUGGGCAUGAGGCGAUUGGCAUCACCGUGUACCCACUACGCAUCCUCUACAAGGGUGUUCUCCAUCACCUUCUUUUUCAAAAAGUAGGCGUCCGGGCGUGGUGGUUUAUGCGGCUAACUGAGCUCGUCACGAUCUGUCAAUCGGCCGUACACGCCCUCAAGGUGACGGCGGCACGGCAGUCAGUUUACGCGUUUAUUCGGAAUCGCAUUUCAUACACUGUGGGACCAUCGGCCUUUAAAUGUAUAGAUAUGCUCGGGGUUGGGGCCUUCGGCCGCGUUCUGUUGGUGCAGCACAAGCUGACCGGGAAGCUCUUCGCGAUGAAAAUUGUCCGUAAGACAUGCUUUCAUGGGGUUCGCAACGUCAUUGAAAUCCGUCGCGAAUGCGCGAUUUUGGAGUCGCUUGAUUGCCCUUACAUCAUGAAAAUUCAUGCCUGCUUUCAGUCUGACAGUCGCGUCUACAUCCUGUUGGAUUACCUUCCCGGGUGUGAGCUCCUGGUGCACACUCAACGUGCUCCGGGGCACCGCUUUGAAGAGCCGGUGGUGCGUUUUUACAUCGCCGAACUCGCUAUCGCGGUGGAGCAUUUGCGAUUUCACGGAAUCGUGCACCGCGAUAUCAAAGGCGACAACCUCGUCUUGGAUGUGGAGGGCCACGUCGUGCUCACCGAUUUCGGCUUUGCAAAGAAAAUCACUGUCGAGGAGGAUUUAUAUCCCGCGCAGGGCGGCAACCCGCCUGGUCGCAUUAUUAAACAACGAACCGGAUGCGGCACGCGAGCCUACAUCGCGCCGGAGGUCCUUAAUGCGGCCUUUUCACAGGAAAAUGGUUACGGCUUUGAGGCGGAUUGGUGGAGUAUGGGGGUGGUGUUAUUCACCUUGAUCACGGGAUGCUUUCCUUUCCUGCGGAAGACCGAGCACGAGACGAACCUGGCAAUAACGCAGUCCGCCCUUCAGUUCCCCACGCACGUGGUGCUCUCGGAUACGGCUCGGGAUGUGCUGCAGAUGCUGCUGCAAAAAGACCCCGCACGGCGCAUUACGACCCUCUCACAGCUCAAAAAGCACCCUUUUUUCAACGGCUUUGACUGGGAGGCUUGUGAAAAGCGCCAGCUUGGUCCACCGGUGUCGCUGCACAAGGAUAGCUACAACACGCCAUCGUCCUCCUCGGUGGCCUCGCGACGGUUGAAAGAGGCGGUCAAGAACGUACUUUGCCACUCAAACGAAGGCCAUCUACCGCAGUUUCCUUUUAGCUUGAAUGAGAGAGAAAAUAGCAUCACGAACACACGCUAUGUCAACGAGUUUAAGCAAGAAAAAGAGGAGAUGCUGCUUUUGGAGUCGGCAUUCGGUCCGGAUGUGAUACCGACGCCGAUUCAGGUUGAGAAUGACGUCUUUGGUCCACUUUAUGAUAACCAGGAGCUAUUCAGCAGCAUGCGCGAUGUGGUCGACGGGAAAUAUGAUUUUGACAGUCGUGGCUACAUUCCAGAGCUAUCGCAGAGGGAUAUUGCUUCGCCUUCUAUUGGGAUGCUGAUGAUAAACAGCAUUAACGGCAUCAACAACGCCGAGGGCACUGGUAUCAAGCCUUUAGACAUCACUUUUUCUAACACCAGUAAAACCGUCGGAAUGGACUCUCAACCGCAGUGCCGACAAGGCAUGGAUGGUGAAUCUCGGGCAUCUUUUUCACAUUGCAAUCCAUUUUCCUUCGAACAUAACAACGGAGGUGACAAUAAUUGUACCGAUGAAGAACCUUUGGGGUUAGUCUUGGACGAUUACAAAGAGGAAAAUUACUCUCCCAUAAUCUAUUUGCCUGCCACAGAAGCACACACUGCAUCAGAAGCUUCAACGCGAUUUCCUCAGUCAACAUUCCAGAAAAGUAUAGUUCGUAUGAAAUGA